AUGGCAGAGGCUGUCAUUGAAAUUGUACUAGAUAAUUUGAGCACACUCAUUAGAAAGGAGCUUGGCCUAUUUCUAGGUGUCGAUCGUGAAUUAAAAAGUCUUUCCAGCUUGCUAACUACAAUCAAGGCCACACUUGAAGAUGCUGAGGAGAAACAAUUCUCAAACAGAGCUAUCAAGGAUUGGCUGGUUAAGCUCAAAGAUGCUGCUCACAUCCUCGAUGACAUUUUGGACGAAUGUGCCACCCAAGCACUGGAGUUGGAGUAUGGAGGAUUCUCGUGUGGACUAUCAAACAAGGUACAAAGUUCUUGCUUAUUCUCUUUAAAUCCCAAGUAUGUUGCUUUCCGUUACAAAAUUGCUAAGAAAAUGAAGAGCAUAAGGGAGAGAUUGGAUGAGAUAGCAGAAGAAAGAAGCAAGUUUCAUUUGAUUGAGAUAGUCAGAGAGAAGAGAAGCGGAGUCCUUGACUGGCGGCAAACCACUUCAAUCAUUAAUCAACGUCAAGUUUAUGGAAGAGAUGAAGAUAAGAAUAAAAUUGUAGAGUUUUUGGUUAGUAAUGGUAGUUUUGAGGAUUUAUCUGUUUAUCCAAUUGUCGGUGUUGGUGGAAUUGGAAAAACAACAUUGACCCAACUUAUCUUCAAUCAUGAGAGUGUAGUCAACCAGUUUGAUCUAAGAAUUUGGGUAUGUGUUUCAGAAGAUUUCAGUUUGAAAAGAAUGACAAAAGCCAUCAUAGAAUCUGCAUCUGGUCAUGCUUGUGAGGAAUUAGAUCUAGAGCCGUUGCAAAGAAAGCUUUUGGAUUUGCUACAAAGAAAAAGAUAUUUGCUUGUGUUGGAUGAUGUGUGGGACGACAAAUCAGAGAAUUGGCAAAGAUUGAGAUCUGUAUUGGCUUGUGGAGGCAAGGGUGCUUCGAUUUUAGUAACCACUCGCCUUCCAAAGGUAGCAGCAACCAUGGGAACAGUGUUUUCUCAUAAUUUAUCAAAAUUAUGUGACAGUGAUUGUUGGGAAUUGUUUAAACAGCGAGCCUUUGGACCAAAUGAGGAAGAAUGUGCAAAGCUUGUGGUUAUAGGGAACGAGAUAGUUAAAAAGUGUGUGGGAGUGCCUCUUGCGGCAAUAGCACUAGGAAGUCUCUUGUGUUUCAAAAGAGACGAAAAUGAGUGGCUCUAUGUCAAGGAAAGCAAGCUAUGGAGUUUACAAGGUGAUAAUUCAGUCAUGCCUGCCUUGAGACUAAGUUAUUUGAAUUUACCAGUAAAAUUGAGACAGUGUUUUGCCUUGUGUGCACUCUUUCCCAAAGAUAAACUAAUAAGAAAACACUUUCUAAUAGAACUCUGGAUGGCUAAUGGCUUUAUUUCUUCAAAUGAAAAGUUGGAAGAUGGUGAUAUUGGCAAUGAGGUGUGGAAUGAAUUAUAUUGGAGAUCAUUUUUUCAAGAUAUUGAGAUAGAUCAAUUUGGGAAAACUAGUUUCAAAAUGCAUGAUCUUGUUCAUGAUCUUGCUCAAUAUGUUGCAGAAGAAGUAUGCUCCAUCACAGAUGACAAUGAUGUGCCUAGUACGUCUGAAAGAAUCCGCCACCUCUCAAUUUAUAAGAGGAAAUCCUUAGGGGAUACCAAUUCAGUUCGGUUAUCUAACGUGAAAUCAUUGAAGACAUGUUUAAGGCAUGGUGACCAACUUUCACCUCAUGUAUUGAAAUGUUAUUAUUUACGGGUGCUUGACUUUGAAAGAAGAAAAAAGUUGUCAUCUUCAAUUGGUAGUCUAAAGUAUCUAAGGUACUUGAAUCUAUCUGAUGGUAAGUUCAAAACUCUACCAAAAUCCUUAUGUACAUUGUGGAAUUUACAGAUUUUGAAGUUAGACAAUUGUUAUCAUCUCCUUAACUUGCCUAGUUGUUUGACACAAUUGAAAGCUCUACAGUGUAUAUAUUUGACCAACUGCUACUCAUUAUCAAGCUUGCCCCCCAAUAUAAGGAAGCUGAUUUCCCUGAAAACUUUAACUUGUUAUGUAGUUGGGAAGAGAAAAGGAUUCCUUUUGGAAGAACUGGGACCACUAAACCUUAAAGGAGAUCUUUAUAUUAAGCACUUGGAGAGAGUAAAAAGUGUAUUUAAUGCCAAGGAAGCCAAUAUGUCGAGUAAGAACUUAACACAAUUGAGAUUGUCAUGGGAGAGAAAUGAAGAGUCUCAUUUACAAGAAAAUGUUGAGGAGAUUCUUGAAGUGCUUCAACCUCAAACUCAACAACUUCUAACUUUGGGUGUGCAAGGAUAUACAGGUUCCUAUUUCCCGCAAUGGAUAGCUAGUCCUUCGUUGGAAUGUUUAACUUUUCUACAACUAAUGGAUUGCAAAAGCUGUUUACACCUUCCACAGUUGGGAAAAUUACCUGCUCUAAAGGACCUAAGAAUAUUGAACAUGAGCCAUGUAAUAUAUGUAGACGAGGAGUCAUGUGAUGGUGGAGUUGCGAGAGGUUUCACUAAACUAGCAGUUCUGGUACUCGUAGAGCUACCAAACCUGGUAAGGUUAUCCAGGGAGGAUAAAGAAAACAUGUUCCCGUCUCUUUCAAGACUUCAAGUUACUGAAUGUCCUAAACUUUCAGGCUUGCCUUGCCUUCCACAUCUCAAGGAUUUGCGUAUAGAAGGGAAAUGCAACCAAGAUUUGGUAUGUUCAAUUCAUAAGCUCGGUAGUCUUGAAUCACUUCGGUUCAAAGAUAAUGAAGAUCUAACUUGCUUUCCAGAUGGGAUGCUACGAAAUCUCACUUCUCUAAAGAUAUUAGACAUUUAUGGCUUAUUCAAACUUGAGCAAUUCCCAACUGAAAUCAUUCACCUUAAUGCUCUCCAAGAAAUACAUAUCACUGACUGCAACAACCUCAAGUCAUUGACAGAUGAAGUAUUACAAGGGUUGCGUUCUCGUAAGAUACUAGAUAUUGUGAGGUGCCAAAAUUUUACUUAG